CUCCAUCAGUGUAGAAGGCAGCAGAAACUGGCGGCCUUAGACCUGAUGAUGUGUCAUUCACAGAGAGGCCAGCUCGCUCUGGACCUACACCUGAGGAGAUGGUGAGAUGCCGGAAACCUGUAACCAACCCUCCUCCCUCCCGGUGUAACCUGCACAAAGUGAAACUUCAUGUUCGCAGAACACGAACAGCCAGCACCAGCAGCUGGGGCAGGGAGGAACACACCGAUCCAUCAGAACCAGCAAAAUCCGACAGUAGCACUUCCAACAGACGGUCGCGCUUCAGGUUGCAGUUCCCCCAGCUGGCACUCAGAAGGAGGUUGGGGCAGCUGACCUGCAUGUCUAGGUCCGCCCUGAAACUGCGGUCCUGGCCUCUGACAGUUCUUUAUUACCUUCUACCUUUCGCUGCACUUAAGCCCUUGGCCAGAGUGGGAUGGCGCCCAACCAGCAGGGUUGCCCUUUACAAAUCUGUGCCAACACGACUGCUCUCACGGGCAUGGGGACGCUUGAAUCAGGUGGAACUUCCAACAUGGCUCAGGAAGCCGGUGUACAGCUUGUAUAUCUGGACAUUUGGGGUGAACAUGAAGGAGGCUGCAGUGGAAGAUCUGCACCAGUACCGCAAUCUCAGCGAGUUCUUCCGCAGGAAACUGAAGCCUCAGGCACGGCCUGUUUGCGACUCCCAUAGCGUGAUUAGUCCAUCUGAUGGAAAGAUCCUGCACUUUGGUAGAGUGAAAAACUGUGAGGUGGAGCAAGUAAAAGGAGUAACCUAUUCGCUGGAAUCCUUCCUGGGCCCUCAGACCUGGACCGAAAACUUGUCCAUCAGCAAAUCUUCAUUCCAAGACCAACUGGUCACACAGGAGGGAAAUGAACUGUAUCACUGUGUCAUUUACCUGGCUCCUGGAGAUUAUCAUUGCUUUCACUCACCCACAGACUGGAAUGUUUAUCAUCGCAGGCAUUUUCCAGGAUCACUCAUGUCUGUGAAUCCAGGAGUUGCUCGGUGGAUAAAAGAACUGUUCUGUUACAAUGAGCGAGUGGUACUCACAGGAGGCUGGAAGCAUGGAUUCUUCUCACUAACUGCAGUGGGUGCUACCAAUGUUGGUUCUAUACGCAUAUAUUUCGAUAGGGAUUUACAAACUAACUGCCCUCGUUACAGCAAAGGUUCUCAUAAUGAUCUGAGCUAUGUCACAAACCAUAACCAAGAUGGGAUUGUUAUGCGGAAAGGGGAGCAACUGGGAGAAUUCAACCUUGGUUCUACUAUUGUUCUAAUAUUUGAAGCACCAAAAGAUUUCACUUUUCGGCUAAAGCCUGGACAGAAAAUACACUUUGGAGAGGCAGUGGGCUCCAUGUGAAAUAUGUUAUACUUACAGGGAAUGUGAAUAUAUGCAGGAGUCGGUGAGACUCCCAGCAGCAGUAUGGUGCAGGUUAAGCCAUGUCUCACCUAUAUGUGCAGGGAAGGUGUGCAAAUCCAGGUCAUCAGCUAUGAUCACUGCCUCACACAGCAACCCCAUCCUAAUCACAUUAAGCACUUUGAGGGUUUCUAUUACUUUCCCUUGUCCAUGAGGUGUUGGUGAAUCAAUGCCAGCAACAAUGCGUGCAGGCUUCUGGUGGAAGCACUUAUUUUAAUAUCAUUUGGGUUCUUUUAUAACCUGCGAAAGUAUGCUGCUUUCUUUCUAGAAUCAGUUGGUGAGAAAAGCUGUACAUGGAAGCAAGAUAAAGAAUCAUUCAACCUCAGGGAAGUGCUACCCCCUACGGCAGCUCACUGGUGAGGUGGCAAUGGCGUAGGCUAAUUGCACAGGAGGAUGGUUCAAGCUAAUGAAGCAAGUUGCUUCCUGAAGAAUAGUUUUAUUCCCUUGUUGGGAAGAAAUGAUUGUGGAUAUUACCGGAUCCUUCCUCCUGGCAUCCCCUGAGGUGUGACUCUGCCCGUGGGAGCUGUAGCACAUUACUUUUGUAUGUCUGAGAAGGUUAUGAAUUCGCUAACACAUUAACUCAUUUAAUA